AUGAACCUCCCGGUGACCCCCACUGGCCGGAGAGCUGCUCUUCUGCCGCUUUGUCUGCUCUUCCUAAAGACCUGGGUGCCAGUGCACAGCUACCUCUACAACAACCGCUAUGCCGGUGAUAAAGUAAUACGGCUUGUUCCGGAGAGCGAGAGAGAAGCACAAGCACUGAAUGCCAUAUUUCACCAGCUUACGGUGGACCUGUGGCAGCCCAGCAGCAUCUUCCACAUCUCAGAGGGUACAGUCACAGAUGUACAUGUUCCAGGGAACAGUUCACAAAUUCUGCUACCCUACCUGCAACAAGCAAACAUCAAAUACACGAUCAUCAUAUCUGAUCUACAGAAAGUGAUAGAAAAACAAAGUGGUUUGCGAUCAUGUAGGAAUCGUAGAUCAGUACCAGGAUACAACUAUGAAGUGUACCACUCACUGGAAGAAAUUCAAAGUUGGAUGUAUCGUCUGAACAAAACCCAUUCAGAUCUCAUUCAUAUGUUCUCUGUUGGAAAAUCAUAUGAAGGGAGACCUCUGUUUGUACUAAAGUUAGGUAAAAGAUCACGGCCUUACAAGAGAGCUGUCUGGAUAGACUGUGGCAUUCAUGCAAGAGAAUGGAUUGGUCCUGCCUUCUGCCAAUGGUUUGUAAAAGAAGCUCUUCAGACAUAUCAGAGUGAUCCCGCCAUGAGAAGGAUGCUAAAUCAGCUGUAUUUCUACAUCAUGCCAGUAUUUAAUGUGGAUGGAUACCAUUUUAGCUGGACCAAUGAUCGAUUUUGGAGAAAAACAAGGUCAAAGAACUCACAGUUUCGUUGCCAUGGUGUAGAUGCUAAUCGUAACUGGAAAGUGAAAUGGUGUGAUGAGGGGGCUUCCUUUCACCCAUGUGAUGAUACGUACUGUGGUCCCUUUCCCGAGUCUGAGCCUGAAGUAAAGGCUGUAGCUCACUUUCUUCGCAAACGCCGGAAACAAAUAAAAGCCUAUCUGUCUUUUCAUGCAUAUGCUCAGAUGUUGCUGUAUCCAUACUCUUACAAGUAUGCAACAAUUCCAAAUUUCAGUUGUGUGGAAUCUGCAGCUUAUAAUGCUGUUAAUGCUCUUCAGUCCGCUUAUGGUAUCAGAUACAGAUAUGGCCCUGCUUCUAGCACUUUGUAUGUGAGCUCUGGUAGUUCUAUGGACUGGGCCUACAAAAAUGGCAUCCCCUAUGCAUUUGCAUUUGAGCUGCGUGACACUGGCCAUUUUGGAUUUUUACUUCCUGAGACUCUGAUCAAACCCACUUGUACAGAGACCAUGCUAGCAGUUAAAAAUAUAACUAUGCAUUUGCUAAAGAAGUGUCAUUGA